AUGUCCUUCCUGCCCGACUUUGGGAACUUCACCAUGGGUGUGUGGUCUAUUGGUCUUGGAGCCAUUGGUGCAGCUGUGACAGGGAUCGUCCUUGCUAACACUGACUUAUUUUUGUCCAAGCCAGAAAAGGCUACUUUGGAGUUUUUAGAGGAGAUAGAGCUAAAAACUUUGGGAUCAGAACAAAAAGCAUUCAAAGCAGGUGAACUAUGGAAGAAGAAUGGUGCAGUGAUCAUGGCUGUGCGAAGACCUGGAUGAUUUUUGUGCAGAGAGGAGGCUUCUGAGCUCUCCUCUCUGAAACCUCAGCUGUCUAAGCUGGGUGUCCCUCUCUAUGCUGUUGUGAAAGAGAAGAUAGGGACUGAAGUGGAGGAUUUUCAGCAUUAUUUCCAAGGAGAAAUAUUUCUGGAUGAAAAGAAAGGCUUCUAUGGUCCACGCAAACGAAAAAUGAUGCUGUCAGGCUUCUUCCGCUUUGGAGUCUGGCAGAAUUUCUUCCGUGCUUGGAAAAGUGGAUAUAGUGGUAACCUGGAAGGAGAAGGAUUCACCCUGGGAGGAGUAUAUGUGAUUGGGGCAGGAACACAGGGUGUUUUACUGGAGCAUCGUGAGAAAGAAUUUGGAGACAAAGUCAGCCUUCCAUCUGUCCUUGAAGCUGCUGAGAAGAUAAAACCACAAGCUUCGUAA